AUGGAGAUUAUGGCUCUGAUUGGUAUGUUGGCUGUGGAGACUUUACAACAUCUUAAAGUCCUUAAAGUUAUUUUAAUGCCAAUCAUAAUCUACGAUUUGUGGAGAUUACUGGCUAGAAGGUUACAACUUAUACCUCGAAGAGACUGGCAAGAUACUUUGGACCAGAAGAUCUCCCUUGCCCUUCCAGAACCGCAGAGAAACCUAACUUUCCUAGCUUGGCAAUCAUCCUUGUAUUGGCUUUGGAGUGAACGAAACGGUCACUUGCAUGCUAACACUUUCUGGUCAGUUGAACAGAUCUUCAGACUGCUCGACAGACAAAGAACAAGAUUCAGAGUUUCAGAGAAACUAAUUCGACCAGAUCUUCGACCAUGA